AUGCUGCUGUUUGGGCAGAGUCAAAAGUCUUUCCUACAACACCUCAGGGUUCAUUUCAGCAGCUCAAUCGGUGUCGACGAAGUAAAAGCCCUGGCUGCAUUAAUGACAUACAAAUGCGCCGUAGCGGAUGUUCCUUUUGGUGGUGCCACGGCAGGGGUGAGGACUGAUCCGAGGAAACACUCAGAUCAUGAGCUGGAGAAAAUAACGAGGCAUUUUACUGUAGAGAUGGCCAAGAAGGGAUUUAUAGAUGAGAGUGGGCCUGGGAUUGAUGUGCUGGCCCCUGAUGUCAGUACUGGGGAGCGGGAGAUGUCCUGGAUAGCUGACACCUACACCCACACGCUGGGGUACCGGGAUAUCAAUACCCAGGCAUGUAUGACGGGGAAGUCCAUCAGCCAGGGAGGCAUCCACGGGCGACAUUCCGCCACUGGGCGGGGGGUCCUGCAUGGCAUUGAGAACUACGUCACCAACACAGACUACAUGGACUGCAUUGGCCUGAGCCCCGGCCUCCCUGACAAGACCUUUGUGCUGCAGGGCUUUGGCAAAGUGGGGUUGCACACCAUGAAGUACCUGCACGAGUAUGGAGCCCGCUGCAUCUGCGCUGGGGAGACAGAUGGAGCCAUUUACAAUCCCAGAGGGAUCGACUCCAAGGAGCUAGAAGACUAUGAGCAGGGCCACGGCACCAUAGUCGGCUUCCCGAAAGCAGAGCCCUGUGACGGCAGCAUCCUGGAGGUCCCCUGCCCCCCCCUCGUCCCUGCCGCUAUUGAGAAGCAGCUCACGAGGGAGAACGCGCCGCGGGUGCGAGCAAAGAUCAUUGCAGAAGCUGCCAACAGCUCCACUACACCAGCCGCACACGAGAUAUUCCUGCAGAGAAACAUCCUGGUCAUCCCGGACAUGUAUGUGAAUGCAGGUGGUGUGAUGGUAUCCUUCUUCGAGUGGCUGAAGAACCUGAACUAUGUUAGCUACGGCCGCCUCAGCUUCAAGUACGAGCGGGAAUCUAGCUACUGCCUCCUGCAGUUGGUGCAGCACAGCCUGGAGCAGUGGUUUGGCAAGGCCAGAGGGGAGAUCCCCAUCAUCUCGUCCCCAGAGUUCCAGGCCCGCGUGACUGGUGCCUCAGAGAAGGACAUCGUGUAUUUGGGACUGGCCUACACUAUGGAGCAGUCAGCCAAGCAAAUUAUGACCAUGGCUGCAAGGUACAACCUGGGCCUGGACCAGAGAACCGCUGCCUACCUGUGUGCUCUGGAGAAGGUGUUCACCGUGUACAGCGAGGCCGGCUUCACCUACUGA